AUGGAAGACGACCACGACGCCGAGCUGUACGCGAUGCAACUCGCCACCGCAUCGGUUCUCCCCAUGGCGAUGAAAACCGCCAUCGAGCUCGGCGUGUUCGACGUCAUCACUUCCGCCGGCCCCGCCGCUUCCCUCUCCCCUGCCCAAAUCGCCUCCCAACUUGCCGCUUCUACUACUGAUAGCAGCUCCUCUGCUUCUGCUGAUGAUGUCGGCCAGCGGCUUGAUCCAAUUCUCCACCUUCUAGCUUCCCACUCUGUCCUCACUUCUUCGCCUAGAAACGUCGAUCACGGCGGCGGCGGCGGCGACGGUGAUGGGUUCCAGAGAUCCUACGGCCUGGCGCCCGUGGCGAAGUAUUUCCUCAAGGAUGGGAACAAAACAGGGAUGCAUUUGAAGGAUUCAGUGGUGGAAGGCGGGACACCGUUCAACAGAGCCUAUCGAAUGGACGGCAUGGAGUUCAUGAGAGGAAAUCCGAGGUUCCGGGAAGUGUUCGCCGGCUCCAUCACAGAAUUCAGCCCUAUAGUCAUGGAGGCGUUCUUAGAAAGGUACUGCGAAGAAGGCUUUGCAGGUGUGAAGUCACUUGUGGACGUUGGUGGCGGCGAUGGCUCGAGCAGUCGUGCCAUAGUUUCGAGGGUCUCGACGAUUAGGAACGCGAUCAACUUCGAUCUGCCUUUCGUCGUCCAGAAUGCUCCGUCGUAUCCAGGUGUGGAGCAUGUCGGGGAUAUGUUUGAGAGUGUUCCUAAAGGGGAUGUCAUCUUCAUGAAGUGGAUUCUGCACUUAUGGGAUGAUGAGCAGUGCGUGAAAAUAUUCAGAAAUUGCUACCAAGCUACACCAGAGAAUGGCAAAGUGGUGAUUGUGGAUGCUCUGAUUCCAGAAACCUCUGAAACUUCUGCUGCUGCUGCUGCUAAGGCCUCGCUCAUGUUCAAUCUCUACAGGAUGAGCAUGAAACCUCAGGGCAAAGAGAGGACCCUUUCACAGUUCGAUAGCUUGGCGAAACAGGCAGGAUUUUCUCAUGCUCGUAUCGCGUGUUUUGCUUACAACUUUGCAGUAGUUGAGUUCCUCAAAUCCAUCUAGCUAAUAUUCUUAGCAGUUCGUCUGGACGACAAAUCAUUAGAAAAAAAUUCGUUCGAAAUGCAUUGAUUGUUUGAAAUGCAUCUCGUUUAUUCGUACUUCUCUAG